AUGGCACCCUCGUCGGGGAGAAGGCAUCCGCCGAGCGCGGAAGAGCUAGAUAAUCGUAAUAUCGUAGGCAUCAACAAAGAAACGGUAACCGAUACCGUCUCGAACGACUAUCCCGAUAACUACGCCAAUGAAGAGCACGCCUGGGAUAAAGAAGACUUCCGACGAUCCUUCCGAGUCCAAUUCCACGAGAACCAACAAUACGAAUCACAAUUCUCCCUCAUCGGCAUCGACGCCUCCAUCGCAAAUGCCUUCCGCCGUAUUUCCAUCGCCGAGAUCCCAACCCUCGCCAUCGACCUUGUUUUCAUCCACAACAACACUAGCGUGAUCCAAGACGAAGUUCUGGCACACCGUCUAGGUCUCAUCCCGUUUACCGGUGGUAAAAAGGGUCUUCGCGAAUGGAUGCGCUUCUGGCAAAAACCCGCCGAGGGCGCACACUCGUACUCGACCACGUAUGAUAACAACACCGUGUCGCUGAAGUUGAUUGUUAAGUGCACGCACAACAAGGACGCACCGGCGGAUGCUACCGAUCCUAGGGUCUUGUACCAUAAUGCGCAUGUAUACGCGCGCGAUAUUCUCUUCGACCCGUUAGGCGCGCAGUCGAAGUAUUUCUCUGGCGAGGAUGUUAUACGACCCUUCCACCCGGAUAUCUUGAUCGCUAAGCUACGACCUAGCCAGGAGAUUGAUAUUGAAAUGCAUAUGCAUAAGGGUUAUGGUUGGGACCAUGCUAAGUGGAGUCCGGUGGCUACUUCUAGUUACCGACUUAUGCCUACGAUUACAAUUACACAGCCUAUUCUUGGUGCUGAGGCUGAGAAAUUUGCGAAAUGCUUUAUGGAUGGUGUGAUUGGGCUUGAGCCGGUUACGCGACAGGAAGCGCGUACGAAAGGAAGCGGUUAUGAGGGACACGAGGGGGAGUUGAAGGCCGUAGUCAAGAACCCGAUGCGAGAUACUGUUAGCCGUGAGGUUCUACGACAUCCGGAAUUUGAGGGCAAGGUUAAGCUCGGUAGACGGAGGGAUCACUUCAUUUUUUCGAUCGAGAGCACGGGCCAGUGGGACGGUGAUGAGGUUUUCCUUGAGGCUGUCAAGACCCUAAAGAAGAAGUGCCAAGUUCUGCGACCACAGGUCACGAAUAUGGUCUACACUUACUAG